AUGGAGCUGACAUUUUCCAUCUUCCGGGGUUCCGCCGACGAGAGGAUUGCUUCAGACACUACCACUCGCCAACUCGGAGCCAACGAGGUGUACAUUGAAACCACCCACUCGGGGCUUUGCGGCACAGACGAGCACUUUAUGCACCAAGGCCUGGCACUGGGACAUGAAGGGGUCGGGAUUGUGAAGCACGUCGGCCCAGACGUUACCUCCGUCCACGUUGGAGAUCGGGUCGGAUAUGGAUAUGUGCGAAAGACGUGCCGUGCGUGUAACCGGUGUCUCACGGGCUGGUCCCAGUACUGCCCCACCGGACGCAUGUACCUGACGCACGACCACGACCUCGGAUCCCUCAGCCAUGGCACAGUCUGGGACGCUGACUGGGUCUUCCCCAUCUCUGACGGGUACGAUUCCGCCCACGCCGCCCCACUGCUCUGCGCCGGAGCCACCGUCUGGACCUGUCUGACGCAGUACAACGUCCGGCCUGGCCAGCGCGUUGGCGUGCUCGGCAUUGGCGGCGUCGGCCACUUGGCCAUCAAGCUGACAAACGCGAUCGGAUGCCACGUGGUGGUGCUCUCGCGCACCGAGGGCAAACAACAGGAGGCCCUGGAUUUUGGGGCGGCGGAGUUCCACCUGUUUGGAGGUGAUCAUGCGCUCGAAGAAACGUUCGAGCCAGUACAGCAUCUUCUGAUCUGUGGACAGCCGGGGAAGAGUCUUGAUACACUAGUCCCAUUGAUGGACAACAAUAGUGCCAUGUUUUUCAUUACGGCGUCCUUCGAGCCAAUUGAGGUCUCGUUCGCGCUCAUGAUCCAGCGCGGGAUCUGCAUUCAGUCGUCCUUCAUUGCCUCCCGCCAGGUCGUCCUGGACCUGCUAGAGUUUGCCUCUCGGAAGAAGAUAUAUCCCACGAUCAUGGAGUUUCCGUUGACACAGGCGGGGAUUGAAGAAGCGAUGCAGAUGCUCAGGACUGGAAGAAUACGGUACAGGGCUGUUUUACAUCGCUGA